GUGCGGAUCGGCGCCAUGUUCGCCGUGAAGCGGAACGCCGUCAUCGGCUUCAACCUCUACUGCGGCGGCGGCGGCCCGGCCCUGGCGCCCGCCUCGCCGGGGGGGGGGCCGGCCCCACCGCCGCCCACCGCAGCCGCCGCCGCUGAGGUACCCGGGACCCUGAUUGGCUCCGUGGGGGCCUGGGCCGCCGCCGGUCGCCCUGAGCACCCCCGCGCGCUGGUUGGCUGCGGCGCGGCCCCCCGCGCGGCGCUGCCCCCCGCGGCGCGGCCGGGCGCGCUGUGGAGCCCCGAGGAGGAGCUGGACGGCUGCGAGCCGGAGGCCGAGCGCGGCCCGGCGGGGGACUCGCUGCCCGGCACGCCGCCCGGGCCGCCGGAGCCGCCCGAUGGGCUGCGGCAGGACUCGCUGGAGCUCAUCAGCCGCUACCUGCGGGAGGCGGCGGGCGAGGCGGAGCCCGCCGUGAAGAAGCUUUUGCCGGGGCUCCUGGGCGGGCCCGGCCGGCCUGGCGGAUCGGGUGAUGCCGUGAUGGAGAAGGCGCUGGAGACGCUGCGGAGGGUGGGCGACGGCGUCAUGCAGAAACACGAGCUGGCCUUCCAGGGAAUGCUUCGGAAACUGGAAAUCCAGAAAGAGGAAGAUCUGCAGUCGGUGUGUGAAGUGGCUGCCCAUGUGUUCAGUGAUGGAGUAACAAACUGGGGUCGAGUGGUGACGCUCAUCUCGUUUGGUGCCUUUGUUGCAAAACACCUGAAAAGCAUAAACCAGGAGAGGUGCAUCAGCUCGCUGGCAGGGAUCAUCACAGAUGCGCUUGUCUCAUCUAAGCGUGAGUGGCUAAUGAGCCAGGGAGGCUGGGAGGGCUUUGUUGACUUCUUUCGAGUUGAGGACCUAGAAGGCAGCAUCAGAAAUGUACUGAUGGCGUUUGCAGGUGUGGCUGGACUAGGAGCAAGCUUGGCCUACAUGAUCCGGUGAGCCAGGGUAUGCUGCAGAGGGACAAAACUCUGGGUGGACUGGCUCUGUUUGGGGCUGGCAAGCUGAUCACUUCCUACUGUGAGUGCUUAUGAAGCUGGACUUGAGUGACCGAAGGAAAAUAUCUAGGCAUCCCCUGAGCAAUCCUUUCUGAAGAAGGAAGGUGUGAUCUGGUCAGAUUGCAGGUACCGAUGAGGAUUUAUUGCUUUGGGAACAGAAAGUGGAAGAAUUGAUAUUCUACUUCCUUCAAGAGGAUGAUGACAGAAAGCUGAAGUGGACUGCUUCAGUUUUAUCCUGGAGGGAACCGAUCUGCUUAGCAGCAAGCCAGUGAGCACCAGCAGCUCUUGUCUGGACUGAAGCCUCCUGGGCUUGGCACGGCAGCUGUGUGUGGAGCAGAUGUUUCAGGGUUGUGGGUUUCUGGAAAUAGCAUCUUCUGCUGAUGGUGUUCUGCCCGAACUUGCGGCUUUUCUGUUGGAGCAGAAACAUUGAAUGCUGGGUGUUGUGUGAGCCUGUGCCUACACCCAGGUGUGCUGGCAAGGGAGCCUUUGGUUGCUGCUGGCUCUGCACGCAUCUGCCCUCUGGAAUUGGUAGAGCUGUGCCAGCAGCCAAGACGUGCGACCUGCUGCCAGAACAUGGGGUGCUGGAGCCCUCCUUAGCCCCUUCCCUCUCAGCAGAGCUUCAGCCAGGUCACUGAGCAGGCAGAGGGGUGGGUGGGUGGGGUGGGGGGGAUGGGUGAGGUGGGGCUUGAGGUGGUAACCACAGCCAGCUGCAGCUUGGCUGCAUUGGCCUGUCUGGCUGAUCUCUGCUACAUUGAUGUGACUCACCACACACAGGCAGUUUAAAAAUAGGGAGUGCAUUUGUAAGUAUGUAAAACCCCACAUGGGGUGGGGAGGCUAUAGAGAACCUGUAAAUAUCUAUAAAUCUGUAGAAUAUGUACAUUUUUACAGAGCUAAUGAUACAAAAAGGAGGAAUUUUGAAUGUGGUAGAACUGCUUAUGGGUGCAUUGCACUUCAUUCCUCAUGUGAAGUAGUAUUUUUGUGGUGAAGCCUUUUCCUGCCUUGACUCCAAUUGAGCCUUUCUCUGAUGUACUUGAGCAACAUUGCAAGUGAGCAUAACGAGGAUUAGUGGCCUGGUGGACUCUCAUUGUGCCCAUGGCUUGCUGGCAACAGUUGAUGUUUCUGUUUAUUUUAAUCUUUUUGGUUAUUCUAGCCCUUCUAGUGGGUGGGGAGCUGUGGAAGUUGGUAUCGGUCACUUCCCUGUCUUCCCUUCAUUUUGAUCCUCUAAGCCAUGAGUGGAACGAAGCUGAUGUUUGAAUGUAAAUGUUCUGGAGCAGAAUAAAACUCGUUGGCUCGGA